GGGUUCAUGAUGCACAGCUCAGCAAGCCUGGUGGCUCUGGUUCUCCUAGGAGCAGCCACGAGUGCAGCACAACCUCGUGGUCGCAUCCUUGGUGGCCGGGAGGCUGAGGCCCACUCGAGGCCCUACAUGGCAUCGGUGCAGGUGAACGGCCAGCACCUGUGUGGUGGUGCUCUGGUGGCUGAGCAGUGGGUGCUGAGCGCAGCACACUGCCUGGAGGAAGUGGGUAAUGGGACGGUGCAGGUGCUGCUGGGGGCUCACUCUCUUACCCAGCCUGAGAUCUCCAAACGCCUGUACGACGUGAGCCGCUCAGUGCCCCACCCGAACAGCCAGCCCGACACCAUCGACCAUGACCUCCUCCUGCUGCAGCUGUCUGAGAAGGCUGUCCUGGGGCCCGCCGUACGUCCCCUACCCUGGCAACGCGUGGACCGCGAUGUGGCACCGGGCACCCUCUGCGACGUGGCCGGCUGGGGCGUGGUCAACCACUCUGGCCGGCGGCCCGACCGCCUGCAGCAUGUGCUCUUGCCAGUGCUGGACCGGGCCACCUGCAACCUGCGCAGGUACCACGACGGCACCAUCACGGAAAGCAUGAUGUGCGCGGAGAGCAACAGCCGGGACAGCUGCAAGGGUGACUCCGGGGGCCCGCUGGUGUGCCACGGAGUGCUUGAGGGCGUGGUCACCUCGGGCUCACGAGUCUGUGGCAAUCGCAAGAAGCCCGGGAUCUACACGCGCGUGGCGACCUACGUGGCCUGGAUCGAAGCAGUCCUGGCCGAAGGCGCGGCGGCCUGAGGAGGGGUCUAGGGGGUCCGGUCACCUUGCGGGGCCCGAGCAAUAAAGUCAUUCAUUUCUGCAUCCAA